AAAAAAAGAGAAAAAAGAAAAGAAAACCCGGAAAUGCUCUCAGCUGCACUGAUGAGGAACGUUUUUAGGCCAGAAAGCGAAAGAAGAAACCGGAAGUGACGUCGCGGCCAAAACAAGCCCGGACUUGGGGGCUUGCAUUGGGUCUGUGGCCGCAGAUGGAAAAACCCGACUCGCUCUCUGCUGUCUAAGGCGGUCGCCAGGCCCUGCGCUCCCACCCGGUGGGCCUCUUGCCUCUGUCCCCGAGAUUCACUCGCCUCGCUUGUUUCCGCCUGGGAUUUUUCGGGUACAGCUGGCCUGUGGCGACAGAGCGGACUUCCUUCCCUACCAGUCUGCCAUCCAGCGGGCUCCUGUCCUGGGACGCCGGGACACCUGUCGCCUGUGAGGCAUCAUUCAUUUUCAUAGCACCUUCCUCCCUCCUUUCGGGACAGUUCCAGGACCAGGAAGAACCGCGGGGACUGCUGCGGUACCUAGCAUCCACUAGGGACUAGCACAGUUGCCCACUUUAUCUUGUUGAGCUCGCUCUCCCUUCAUCCCUGGGCUGACAGAUCAAGGUGAUCCUAGAUUUUUUAAUAUCCAGAUUCUGAGAAUACACUGGAAACCACUCACAUAAAACCAAGAAGAAAUCAUGAAGAAAUGUUUUAAUUAUUGAAACUACAGUUGAAAUCAUGGCUACAUCAGCAAAUCUGGAUAUUGGAGCCCAGCUGAUAGUGGAAGAAUGUCCCAGCAGCUAUAGUCUAACUGGCAUGCCCGACAUUAAAAUAGAACAUCCACUGGACCCCAGUUCAGAAGAAGGAUCAGCUCAGGGUGUUGCCAUGGGAAUGAAAUUCAUAUUGCCUAACCGAUUUGAUAUGAAUGUUUGUUCUCGAUUUGUGAAGUCAUUAAAUGAAGAGGAUAGUAAAAAUAUUCAAGAUCAGGUUAACUCUGACCUGGAGGUGGCAUCUGUCCUAUUUAAAGCUGAAUGCAAUAUUCAUACAUCUCCUUCUCCGGGAAUUCAAGUAAGGCAUGUCUAUACUCCCUCUACCACAAAGCAUUUCUCACCCAUAAAACAGUCAACUACUCUAACCAACAAACACAGAGGAAAUGAGGUCUCUACUACACCUCUGUUAGCAAAUUUAGAAAAUGUUAUCAAUCACACGGAUGAAGAAGGAUUUACUCCUCUGAUGUGGGCUGCAGCACACGGGCAAAUAGCUGUGGUAGAGUUUCUACUUCAGAAUGGUGCUGAUCCCCAGCUUUUAGGGAAAGGUCGAGAAAGUGCACUGUCAUUGGCCUGCAGUAAAGGCUACACAGAUAUUGUCAAAAUGCUGCUUGACUGUGGAGUUGAUGUAAAUGAAUAUGAUUGGAAUGGAGGAACACCUUUGCUUUAUGCUGUACAUGGAAAUCAUGUGAAAUGUGUAAAGAUGCUCUUAGAAAAUGGAGCUGACCCAACAAUAGAAACUGACUCUGGAUAUAACUCUAUGGAUUUAGCUGUAGCCCUGGGCUACAGAAGUGUUCAACAGGUUAUUGAGUCACAUUUGUUGACGCUGCUUCAGAAUAUCAAGGAGUAGACAUAGUCAUCAGAAAAUGUUGUCUGCCCUUUCGUUUACCUUUUGGUCCUUAUAAAUGAUAGUUUUGUUUACUUACAAAUUUUUACCUCAGUUGCAAUAUUUACUGAUUUUUAGUAAGUUUUAAUAAAUAUUUCUCUGAGCUAUUCACUGGUUUAUAAUAAAUUUAAUGUUAAUACUUUUUUUAUAAA